AUGCCUCCCAUCAACCCUGUUCCGCCGCCAAACCCACCGCCGGCCAUCCGCCGCAAGUCCGGGGGCGGCGUUACCAAGAUUCCCGUGAGCUCAAAUAUCAAGCGUCGGACGGUCGAAUCGCCCAAGAGCAGCUCUCCCAGCAGCCGGGCCAGUACAGCGGCCGCCAAAGAUCCUGCCAAUCCCUCCGCCAACGACGCUGAGGAGCCUGAGCCCGCCAAGCUGGAGAAAGGCUCGACUGUCAGCAACAGCCUCCAGGCACUCUGGAGCGAGACCAAGACAGCCUCCAGGCAGCCAAAGUCGGUGUUUGAGUCGCAAAUGAUUGCCCCAGCUCCGGGCCAGACGUACUAUCAGAUUUCGGUCGAGCCACCCUGGGUCUAUCUUCGGGACUGGCCCAGGGCCCGCCUGUCGCAGAAAUGGACCCGGGACGGCGCCGUCAACCCGGGUAUGGUCAAGGUUCCCCUGAGCGAGUACGUCCAGGGUGAACUGAAGCCCCAGAUUGUCACGAUUUUUGGAAGUGAAGUAUAUGAAAAGUCUGUCGCGGCUGCGGAGAAGUCGAUGAGUCCGGCAUAG